AUGGCGCAUUUUCAGUGGCAGUUACGUGGAUGUGGUUGUUUUGUUGCUGUCAGUGCAUAUGAAGAUCGGUUGGCUCUAUUUUCUAUGUCAGGGAUUGGCAAUGAUAUUGUUGAUGAGACGGGAAGAAGCUUACUUGAAGACUUCUUUUUUACGAGUGCCAACGAUGAUCAUGAAGGCCAAAUUGAAGCAACAAUGUGGUGGACAGUUACAAACUUGACACUGGCAAAGGAGAAUCAAACUAGCUUUGAGGAGUAUUUAAGCAAUAAUCCUAAUGUGGACCCUGGAAUAGACUUGACAGUUACAGUUCUGACUAAUGGCUUCUGGCCCAGUUACAAAUCUUUUGAUCUCAAUCUUCCAACGAAAAUGAUCAAGAUAAAAUGUCAGCCAUUGUUGCCGGUCUCUCUGCCUGUCAGCAAAAAAUUGGAACUGGAUAUCUCUCUGCAUUUCUAUCUGAGUUUUUUGACAAAUUUAAAGCUAUUCAGCCUGUGUGGGCUCCCUAUUACACCAUUCACAAGGUUCAAUAGAAAAAAAUUGAUUUUACUUGCAAGUGCUUUCUUUUGGCCUCAAUACAUUAAUGAAAUUCUCUCUUUUGUUAACAAAAAAAUAAUCUUUAACAGAUAUUGGCCGGCCAAGGCUACUGAUCAAGAGUUGAAUAAAGAAAUAUCCGAGCGCAUUGAUUCCAACAAAGCAAAAGAUAGAAAAUCAGUCGAUCAAUCCUCAUGUGGUUCCAACACAACCUCUAGCAGCGAAUUGGAGACUGAUGCAUUAGAGAAGGAUGAGCAAGGGAAGGAAGUGCCUGAAAUAGCUGAUGCUAACAAUUUAGCCAUUGAAUCUAGUAAUCGUCGUAGUAGGAGUGUUAGCAACCUUACUGAUUCUUGGAAAGAGGUCUCCGAAGAGGGGCGACUGGCCUUUCAGGCUCUCUUUGCCAGAGAGGUGUUGCCACAAAGCUUUUCGCCUCUGCCCGAUUUGCUAAACAAGGAUCAGGAAAUGGACAGCAUCAGGGAUAACAAGCAAACCAUAGAUAUCAAGGAUGAAGGCCAAGAGAGCAAGAAAUGCAGUUCUAUUUUUUAGGGUAUUCAGAAAAUGAUGCCAUGUAUAGAGAAUAAUGAGGAAGAGGGACUGCUAACCAUAUGACUUGGACAAGGAAAGCUCAAGACUCGUC